AUGAAUGAAGAAACUUACUGCCACGUGGGUCCCCUCCUAGCUAUGGGCGUGGCAAACUUUGCAAGUGACUUCUGAUUGGUCCGAUAUGUUCCUGCAUGCUCUAAACUGAAACAGUAAACUCAAAGUGUUGCCAGGUUUGGGUAUUUAAUUUUUAUGACUAUCCAUACUUUAAACUAAACUGUAAGACCAACUAGAAUUUUGUGGUCAUUUUCCCACAAAAAGCGUUUCAUCUAGAAUACACACUGGAUGAUUAUUUUGUGAUAGCAAGACGGCCGUCACGGAGCGGAACUGACCCUAGCUAUAUGUGUUUGUUGAUGAGUUUGCUGUAACGUUAAGAAGCCUGUAAUCAAUUUUACCUUUUUUCGGAAAACAAACUGUCUGGCGGUGCUGUGGACGCUGCCUUAUUUUUAGACAGAAUACCUCACCGUGCCUUUGGAUUAUGAAAUCAACCAGACAGCCCUGGUAGGCUACUUACAGAUCUUGAUUGUCGCGCACUAAGGUUAUAUUUUCGCCGGUGAAACGUCAGCAGUCUGGCGUAGCCGUUAGAAGAGCGAGCUGGCACGGAGCGUGAAGAAAGAAGUCCAGCAGCUUCCAGAUGGCACAGGUUCUGGAAACAGAACCCAGGAUUUAUCACUAUCUGCGAGCGACGUGUGGAGUGGCUGUCCACGUCCUGUGCCUGUCUUUCACAGUGUUCAUCGCGGCGCUGGCUAGACCCGGCAGCAGUUUGUUUUCUUGGCAUCCGUUCCUGAUGACGUUGGCGAAGUUCUCCCACAAGAGCAAGGCCCGCUACCACUGGAUCCUGCAGUGCCUGUGUGUCGCGUGCGCCGGGCUGGGACUGGCUGCCAUCUCCUACAACAAGCACCUGAACGGCAAGCCGCAUUUCUCCACUUGGCACGGGCUGGUGGGUCUGCUCGCGGCGUGCGGCGUGGCGGCGCAGUCCGCCGGGGGCCUGCCGCUGCUGUACCACCGGCUGGUGAAAGGCUGGUCGCUGGCCCGGCUCAAACGUUACCACGCGGUGUCCGGCCUGCUGGCCUACCUGCUGGGCAGCAGCAGCCUGAUGUUGGGCAUGUGCUCUCUGUGGUUCACGGCGUCGGUGCACGGGGCCAGCUGGUACCUGGUCGCGGCAUGCCCGGCGCUCAGUGCCCUCUUCAUCAUGAGCCAGGUCACCAACGCAUACAUGGCUAAAAAAGCCCUCCGUCCCUAACUGCAGUGCCACCUAUCCCCCCCCCCCCCCCCCCACCCAAACAUCGCUGCUGUACUUACUGAUUAUUAUGAUUUUUUUUUCUUCUUUACAUUUCAGUCACAGCAUGGCUGUCCUACAAGUCAUGACUGACAGCUCAGAAAGACUGUUGCUGCAUUGUGAAUCCUGAUGUCCAUAACCAAAACAAGUAUGAGGUUUAAGAUGUAAAUGCUUACAACUGAACAAUGAAGCCAUUAUCUUUUAGCAAAAAAAUAAUUGAAAAAGUUUGCAAAGAAUUAGGGUACUAUAAUAUUAGAAUGUUUAUGGGCUUAAGAAUUGCAUUAGGAGAUACCGAAGAUUAGUUGAGUGACAUGAAGAACCAAAAUGUUUUUUUUCUUCUGUUUUUCUUAUGAAUUGUUCAUUUAGUGGCACACUGAAUCUACAGGUGAAUCUGAACCAGUAAUAGCCAGCAUGAACAAACAUUGUUAUUAGUUUGUUAGUUAGGGGAUGGCACAAAGUGAGAAGUGGGUCAUUUAAUUAAUUUUUAUUUUUUAUAAAAGUAAACAUGUUUUGGAAAUAUGGUGUGAUGCAUUAGUAUGAUAAUGAACAAAUGACAUAUUGUACAAAUGGGUAGAAAUGAAAUAUUUUUUUUACCAUUUUAUUAAAGACAUUCUGAAAAUA